UUCGUUUCCAAAAUAAGAAUGUAACUAUUCUUACUUGAUAAAAGGAAAAAAAAGCAUAUAUUUAACCAGCAAUAGUCUGAUAUGAUAUGAAGGCUUUCUUUGACUCCACGAACAAAUGUAUGCGCGAAGAUUCGUACUUGCCUUCACUAUAAUUGUCAGUGCCGGAUUGGACCUCCUUGUUUGCUCCCACAAAUAUGUCCAAUUUAAUAAAAAAGACACACCAUCUUGGCGGGGAAAAUCAAGGGACGAYAACACGCUUAACAGAAACAUUCGUAAGAGCAUAGACGGUUACGGGAAAAAGAAUUUGGAAUGGAAUACUCGUAAAGGUUUUAGUGAACAUUCAGGAACAUUGGGAACAUUACACGGAAACGGGCCAGGAAGAAAUUUAAGAUUUGAUCUCAAUCAUCAACACCACAUCCAUCAUUUACAUCUCAACAAAUUCGACCACAAAAUUGGUCUAGAAGGAAAAUUGAACUCUGGUUCUACAAGCAAAGAAAGCAAGGUUCUGAAUUUUAUAGAUAAAGUUGUACAGAAAGAUCGUGUUAAAUCAUUUCGAAGAAAUCAAUAUAGGAAAAAAAGGACGAAGAUUACGGAAGAGAUUGAAAGAAGGGACAAACUAAAGAAUAGUAAUGGCAAGCUUUUUCAGGAACUUUUCCCUACAUACAAGAUGGAUAAGCGGUUCAUGGUGGUCAGUGGUCCAGGAAGAAAUGCCUCGGUGAAGCGUAAACGAUUUCAUUUUUCGCACGAACUAGUGAACGCCCUCAGAUUAGUUUUAGAUAAGCGAAAUUCCUUCAAGAAAGACGCYAAUAUCCUUGAUUUGGCGAAGGCACUUCAAAGUCGUGAUCAGGAAAGUAAUUUGUACAGGAAUAACAGUAUUACAACAGGGGUGUCUCGUGGCUUGACGCAAAAUGGGCAAAGRGUUCGGGUGGUGAGGGUCAAAGAUCCUGGAUACAACAAAUAUAAAGACCACCAAAAUGAAAUCAGAUUGCGAAAUCCAGCUUACCGUAGCAAGAUAUUGCAAGAAGGUAGGCAUGCCCAUUCUGCUUUAGUGAAUCCAACAGAGCUUGGGGCGUCUAUUCUGAAACUUUUAUUUGGCAAAAAGGCACGUUUUGUGACGAAGCCUAAGUACAGGCAUCUCGUUGGUGCUGCUCGGCCAAAUAUGAAUUAUCUUGAGGGCUAUGGUAGCAAGGAGCAGCGAGCUGAGCUUGAAAAAGAAAUUGAAAAAGAAAACCAGAUGAUUAUACUGAAAGGAGUAAAAAAGCAUGAGCUAGAGAAAACUUUGGCAAAAUCRAUCAGUAAUCUUAUCAGUGCUAUGAGCAGGGAGAAAGCAGGCAGGCAAGAAAAGGGAAGUAAAGCUGAGCUUAAGACAAGUCGUAAGAAUAAUUCCGAGACAAACGUGACAAAUGUAGAAGGCAGUAACGGACGAAAGAUUUCUUCCACACACGAUCGCAUAGGAACAAGAAAAUCCUGGGUAUUGCUAAAGAUGCCAAAGAAUAACGAAGAGGUUGUGCAAGACAAAGUGACUAAYUUCCAUGAAGCCGAAAGAGAGAACGACAAUCCACCCAAAGUAUCCACACAUCAAAUAGCUACUCUAGGCAAGAAAAAUAAYGAGCUAUCUGACGUCAAGGUGAUUCAUCAACAUAAACCACAUSUGGARAGCUCAUACGAUGACAUUGCUUCAGACGAUGAUAGUCGAACUGGUCGGCUUAAGAAACCCUCAGGUYUKGCMAAAUAUACACACACUGAUACUGARUCAAGAACAGUSCCUCAAAUAUCRUACAAUCUAAAUGGCAUCAAGAGUAACAGAGAKGCCCUAAAGCUCUCWGGGGCUGACUCGAAUGGUUUGACCUCGACUCUUGGRAAGAUACUCAAAGGUAUUCAAGAAAGUGUCAAWGAGUUGAAAAAUCAACAUAAACCAAGGGAGGCWAGUCCUGAGAGUUCUGCAGUAACAAAAAUGACAUCACCAGCGUCAACGACCUCGCACGAAUCAACUACGUCCAUAGCCAAAAUUCAGGACUUGCUAGUGGCGGUGAAUAAGCUCUUGGGCACUAAUUCAGGGUCUUCUCAAAUGCAAAGCCAUUCAGAGAUGGCUGGAAUCCCUAGCGAUCAAGCSACUGUCCAGAAUGUACCAACUGUGGAUAACAGUGAUUCUGAAGCAGCGAGAAGAUACGUUAAUGACGUAAGAGCUUCCACGAACCCCUUGCAAUUGAGACCCUCUAUAGGGUAUUUCGAUGAACCSAUUACAUCAUCUGUUGCUUCCAGGAAAGACAUCGGUGAGGACAWGUCGCUUGAUAACGUGCUAUUCGAGUCUGAUGAGCUGGCAACACAAAGGGACAGACAAGAAAGUGUAGAUGCUCUUAAGUUAAAAGAAGACUUGGAAUCAUUUGCUGAAAGAGGUCUCAAUGCUCACAAUAAAUACAGAGAGCUCCAUCACGCACAAAAACUGAAAUGGUCAGACGACCUGGCGACCCAAGCCGAAAAAAUGGCCUACGACAUGGCAAUGAAAGGAACCAUUGAAAGAUCUGCAGUUGCGUCUGCUCUGGGAUACGGCGAGAACGUGGCCAAAAUUACUGGAACAACAUUCAACAAAGCAGGAGAAGAAGCGGCUAGUUURUGGUAUGCUGAAAUAGCUAAUUACAGCUUCUCUGACCCUCGUCUUUCACCAGAAACAGAUUCUUUUACUCAAGUUGUGUGGAAGGGUACAGCCAAACUUGGGAUGGGUUGUGCUAGGGAUUUGCAAACCAAUGACCUGUACGUGGUCGCACUUUAUGACCCAAAAGGAAAUGACCCUGUUGGAUUAAGGRGCAAUGUUCUCAACAAGGGAGGAGUAACUGAAGAUGUUUAUGCUUCUAUAUUCAAAAGAAUAACGAUACACAACAUGAGACUGAAAAACAGACGUCUUGUUUUGAUUUUUACAAUUCUGUGCCUCUGGACUCAUGGGAACGCUUCUCACAAGCCGCAUAAAGUUAAGAAGAAAGGUGAUUACGACAAAACCGUGAGAAAAAACAUCCCAMGGUCUGCAUUAGUUGGCAUCAAACCAGAGGAGUUGACAGAAAAUCCCGCUUCACUACAAGAUGUCCAGGGUGCUAACAAAGGGUACAUGAAAAUAGUUGACUUGCCAUCAAUGGAAGAAAGUCAACGAAUGGCCGCGUUUUCGAGUAAAGUAUCCAAACUCCCACCAGGAGAAAAGGGUGUCAUUAACGACUUCCUCAAAGAUAUGGAAAGGAGUCAAGGAGAGCUCACUCCUUCAGUGAUGAGGAAGAUGGUUCAACUAGAAGCAUAUAACCCUGCAAUGAAUCCUCGUCACAGCCAACGUCUGCAACUCACCAGGGGUCGUGCGCAGAACUUACAAGGUUCUCAACGAAGCUUUGGAUUUAACCCUGAACCAACGAAUGCCAUGAAACCUUCAAUCCUUCCAUUUAAGCUUUCCGGCAGCAGCGCCACCUAUUCCAACACAGAGUCCGAUAUUGGGGAGGAAACCCAAUCAUACCUCUCCAAUCCUCUUCCAGAAUAUGACUACAAAGAGAGGAAAUACAACCUGCCAACAACAGUAGGAAGCGACUUCGGUGAGGGAUACCAUAAUAAUGAUGAAGAAUAUAGCAAAAGUUUUGAUCAGGAUUACGAAGCUGAAAGCAAAUCAGAUGAUAUUGAAGGCGAUGCGGAUAAUAAGCCACAGAACACUAUUGCUACUUUAGUAGGCAAGAAAGGAGAUAAUCUCAUCAAUGAAAUUGGAAGGCGUGUUUUGAUGAAUAUUCUAGAAAAACAGAAGCAGAAAAAUGAUUACGAGAAAUUGAAUGGGAAAGGUGUUCCAGACUUACUCGGUGCAGCAUCUAUGAACUCCAAGGAAAUCGUUAGUCCAUUUACUGGCGGAGAUGGAGAUUUGAACUCCCUCUUAAGCCCUAAGGACACGAGUUUUGUAAAAUCACAUGAGCAGAUCAAUAACGAGAAUGCUCUUCUUCAGAACAGAAAUAGCGAAUCUUUACAAAAAGAAGUGUCUUUAAAACAGUCUGCAGGAGCCGUGGCRCCUGGUUCGUCGAACGUUGCUAAAGCUAUAGCUGCCUUGGGCACAAAAGCUUUGGGGAAUACAAAAUUGAUCACCCAAGAGGUUCAAACCCCAAUAGAAAAGGAAUUGAACGCGAAUGUUGAUGAACCUGUAACCGCUACUUUACCAGUAGGCAGCGAGGUUGACGUUAGUGGCAAAGUAAACAAUGGUGAUGGCAGCAAAGGUAUCCAACCCACGACAAAAAUAACAACAUCAGCGACAACAACAACAACAACACCUACUAAGACAAUGUCAACAAUGAGUAAAAUCUUAGCAAAUGUGGGUCGGACCGUAUCGACCGACAACACCGCUAAUUCGAAUGAUGAUGUUGUCAUGUUGAAAAUAUCAGGCCAGGGAAGGCCUGUCAGCUUUAAUGCAGAUGCCAGUACAGAUGGAUCAAUAGUUUUGAAAAUACCUAAGAAAUAUUCCGAAAAAAUAAUUCAAAUGAACGAAAAAACGACCAUGGCAAAAAGCAGCGACUCGAACCAACAAACAUCCAAGAGUGCUGCCGCGAAUACACAUCCGGGAGAUUUGAUUGGAGAUGCAAGCGCCCUUUUGGUGGGAAAUACUCGGCUUCAAGAUGCGCUACAAAGUGGUAGUUUUGUCAUAUCAGGAAAGAAAAAUCCAUUAAAAGAUGUGCAGGCCAUGCAUCCAACGAGGAAUGUACUGCCUCCAGAAGAAGAAAAAGAAACUGUCACUGGAGAAUCAAAAACUUCUGAUGAAUUAUUACAAAGUUUGAAUAAUUGGAAGCAAAAAGUCAACGCUCUUGAAAGUCGACAAAGCUUGAAGAAAGGGUCAACUGGGCUUCCUGUGCCUCAAGAUUCGGGCAGCUUAUCAGACAUACCGCAGGACAUUGCAGAAAGUAUCUUCCCCAACGUGGCGGGAAAACCUUUGAAUUCUCCCAACAUGGAGCAGUUAAUGACACUUCUUGCUCAUAUGGAACAACUUCCUGCAACGCAACUUGGAGCGACUGCAUUUGAUGGCAUGAUUCCUACGAACUACGGUUUACGACAAACUGUUGGGAGACAAGGUCACGGUGAUUUUUCUUUGAAAAACGUACUCAAGGCUUCGAAGCUGAUAGAGGAUUCUGGUGUGACAAGAAACAAGGGAACCGGGAAAGAUAACAAAAAGGGGAGUGGAAACGAAUGGUCUCCAUGUACAGUCACGUGUGGGCGUGGUAUUCAGGCACGUGCUCGGCCAUGCUCUGGAUAUGACUGCAGCGGCUUCACCACUGAAAGUCGUCCAUGCGAAGCUGGACCUUGUCCAGAACACUUGGCCAAAGAAGGCCUUAAAAUGCACAAUAAAUUCCGUAAAUGGCACCGCGUCCCCGCCUUAAAGUGGUCGCAAUCUUUAGCAAAUAAAGCCCAGAAAGUGGCCCAAGACUUGGCCCUGAAUAACGACUCGACUUUGGAGUCGGUCGAAUUGAAUGAACUUCCAGGAGAAAACACAGCAGUAAUCGAAAAUGACUAUACAACUGCUACCGAAACAGCGGUCAAACAGUGGUACGAAGAGGUGAGGAGCUACAGCUUUGCACAUCCCUCUUUAACCGAGUCUACCAAACACUUCACUCAAGUGGUUUGGAAAGACACCAAGAAAGUGGGCAUAGGAUUGGCUAAGUCUAAAAGUAGUAAUAAAACAUAUGUGAUUGCACUGUAUGACCCACCGGGGAAUACGGAGGGAAAGGAACAGGACAAUAUUAAAACCCCGGACAUGGCUCGAAUGUAAGGGAAUUAACUGUUCAAGGACAUCAGGGAAGAUACCGGUAGACGUGUUUUGAACCUCGGACAACUAAACGUCUUGAACGGGAACGUCAACGUUGUUUUUAACUAAGAUGGGAUAUCAGUUCAGCAAUGUUUACGUCGCGACCUUGGUUCACGACCAAAAAAAAAACAAACAAAUAACUCCCGUUUUCAGAUUCCCCUUUGCACUAUCACGUGGUGGCAGCCAUGAAAGGAGGCAGGAACAAUUGAUUCUGUUUUAAUCUGAUUCACAUUGGAAAGAAUUAAAUUUCCCAGCAGAAAAAGACUAUUGUUGUGCCACCUGUCAUUGCUGCGAUCACGUGAUGGUGCAAAGCCUCUAUAGUCUCCUUCACAGUUCCCUGCGCCAUUCUGAAAGGUAACCAUGAGAGCUUGCAAUGAUUAAGACAUACAGGAAGUGUGUUCCCAAUUUGAUUUGAUUGAAUUGAUCGUCACUUAAAUUACCAACCACAAGAUUAGUUUUUAUAAACAGUACAUCUGACCUUUUUAAACAUCUUGGACAAUUAUUCACAUGUCUCACCGUUCGUCUCGCUUCGAUGCAGUGGCACGGCUUUCUUUCAAGAUGGCGCAGGGAACUGUGAAAAGGGCUAUUCUGAAACUUCAUGCAGUGCUCACCUCCUCUUCUUUUAUUUUCUUUAUCUUUAUAAGUAGAUGUACUGUUUAUAAAAACUAAUCUUGUGGUUGGUAAUUUAAGUGACGAUCAAUUCAAUCAAAUCAAAUUGGGAACACACUUCCUGUAUGGCAUCAAUGCAUUGCGCGCAGUAAUGAAUUUUGCAUCGUAGAAGUGAACUGAGCGCAAAGGGAGAUCUGUGUAAACGCGGUGGUGGUCAGUGCACUAACACUCCAAUAUACCCAUUGCACCUGACAUCAAACGAGCUCAGUUUGGAGUACUAAUAACUGAGAAUUGGAAACCUAUAGUAACUACUGUCCUCUAAAUUGAGCUGCAUUCCGACGUACUGCAACCGAUCCAUUGGCUGACCGUCAGGGGGAAGGGAGAGUGAAGACAUUUUAGUGUGUAAAUAAAAUUGUUCUGCCGGAAUACGCACGAAUGAGUGUGAAGUACGGAGGUUUGUAAGUGUAUGUUUAAGGAGAUAAACGGAAUA